UCUGUGGAGAGACAAGAGAACACCUUGUUCCUGAUCCAUUUUGCUGUUAGCUGCUGACUCUACUGGUGUCCACAUGGCGUUUCAGUACUUGAUAGUAGUGGUGGUGGCGCUGGAGUUGGUCAGGCCAGUUUGGCCAGGCCCUGAACCACUCACCGGCCCAAGGUGCACCUACACCUUCAUUUUGCCUCAACAGAAGUUCACGGGGGCUGUUUGCUGGAGCAGCGUUCGACCUCCCCCAGACCCUCCAGGUCCAAAUCGCAGUGAGGUGGAGGAGCUGCGCUACCAGUUGAGCCGCCAGCAGGCACAAAUGGAGGAGCUCCGGCGGUUGGUGGCAGUGGACGGGGCAGUGGUGAGCGAAGUCAAGGCACUGCGCAAGGAGAGCCGCAACGUCAAUGCCCGUGUCACUCAGCUCUACACACAGAUGCUCCACGAGAUUCUCCAACGACGUGAGCGGCCCGUGCCAACGUCCCACCUGGAAGGGAGGGUGGCCAAUGCUUCUGCUGAGGCCCUGAGGGUGGCCACCAAUUAUCGCCAUCUGGAGGGCAAGUACCAAGCCCUGGCUGCCCUCGUCAACAACCAGAGUGCCCUCAUCAGCCGCUUGGAGAGGGAGUGCCAGCAAGGAGCAGGCAGCAAGAUGCGACCGCAGCCACCUCUGGUGCCAGUGGUGCCUCACAAUCCCAUAAGUCUUGCCAACGAGAGCAGAGUCCAUUUUGAUGCCAUCAAUGAUAUCCAAAGGGACCAGACUGCAGCAGCCCAACCCUGGCCAGCAAACAAGGCUUUGGUUGCACUAGAUGGCACUGUGCUGCCCCCAACCGUUGGGCCCACCAAAUCCACAGGACCCUGGCAGGACUGUCAAGCUGCUCAACGGGAUGGACAGGCCAGUGGCAUCACCAUGCUGCAACCGACGGGUGCCCGGGGCAUCAUCCAGGCCUGGUGUGACCAGGAGUAUGAUGGAGGAGGUUGGACUGUCCUCCAGCGGCGGCAGGAUGGGUCGGUCAACUUCUUUGUCACCUGGCAGCACUACAAGAAUGGUUUUGGGAACCUGGAAGGAGAACACUGGCUGGGUCUGGACUCUAUCUACUGGCUCACCCGCCAGGGCACCUACCUGCUACGGAUAUGGAUGGAAGACUGGAGCGGGCGACAGGCACAUGCUGAAUAUGACACCUUCGCCUUGGAGCCUGAGAGCGAUUUUUAUCGGUUGCGGCUAGGGCGCUACCGGGGCACUGCUGGCGACUCCCUCUCUUGGCACAAUGGCCGACAGUUUAGCACACUGGACCGGGACCAUGAUGCUUACUCAGGGAAUUGUGCCCAUUAUCAGAAGGGUGGUUGGUGGUACAAUAUGUGUGCUCAUUCCAAUCUCAAUGGCAUCUGGUACAAAGGCGGGCACUACCGAAGCCAUUACCAAGAUGGAGUCUACUGGGCAGAGUUUCGUGGUGGGGCCUAUUCUCUCCGCAAGGUCGCAAUGAUGAUCCGGUCCACACAAAGCGGCUAAUUUCCGAUUAGCAGGAUAAGAUGGAACACACAUCUGGGAAGAGUCCAGGCAUACUUAGAAACAGGAAUCACUGGAUUUUGGAAACUGACACCAUCUAUUUAUACAGUCUUUUCUCUAGGCCUGGACUCAAGGGAACCUCAUUCCACACCAAUGGUCAAGUGGAUUGCCCAUGGAAGUUUGUAACAUCACAAACCCAUCCAUCCCCUUCCUUAAAACUAGCAUUAAGGUGUUUUUUUUUCUAUUAGCAGCAAAAA